AUGCCCGCAGAGCCUCCGGGAAAGCCGAGCGAUUCGCCACGGGCAGGAGCACCGGCCAGUGCCCGCCGUAACCCAGACAAGCCCCGAAGCGUUGCAGAGCAUCGCAAGGUGAGAACCGGACCGGGUGGGCGGGGCAGGGGCAGGUGUACGCAGGACUCAGCCUCUGCCCGCCUGCAGUCCUCCAAGCCCGUCAUGGAAAAGCGGCGCCGAGCGCGCAUCAACGAGAGCCUCGCGCAGCUCAAGACCCUCAUCCUGGACGCCCUUAGGAAAGACAGCUCCCGCCACUCGAAGCUGGAGAAGGCAGACAUCCUAGAGAUGACAGUGAGGCACCUGCAAGGCCUGCGGCGCGUUCAGGUGACAGCCGCACUCACCGCUGACCCUGUCGUCCUGGGCAAGUACCGCGCCGGCUUCAACGAGUGUCUGGCGGAGGUGAGCCGCUUCCUGGCAGGCUGCGAAGGCGUCCCCGCCGACGUGCGCUCCCGCCUACUCGGCCACCUGGCGGCCUGCCUAAGCCAGCUGGGGUCCUCGUGCCGUCCGACCCCGCCAACCUCAGCCGCCGAGGCCCCAGCCGCCGAGGUCUACGCGGGCUGCCCGCUGCUGCCGGCUCUUGACAGCCCCCUCUCUCUGCUGCGCCCCGGACCGGUGCCAGGUCUGACCCGGGCUCCCCCUGCUGCUCCCCGGCCGGGGCCACAGGGCCGGGACGCGCCCUGGAGGCCGUGGGUGCGGUAA